GAUUUCACGAAAGGGAGAUUUCUACCCUUACACCGUGUUGUCCGCCAUUUUGGAGGCACUCGUAAAAUUGUAAACAAGGUGUGAGAUAAAGUUAGAUAAAAAUGGACAUUAUGUGAUUAGAUUUAAAGUAUAAAUCAUAAAAAUAAUGGCAAACUGUAAAGGAAAAAACUGUAAAUCAGCAGAAUAUCGAGAUGGGCUUUCAGCUGACGAAAAACAACGAUAUGAAGCCAAAUUAUCAAUUGUUGGUGGACUUGAUCUGUACGAGGGGAAGUUGGCUUGGUCAGAUAAUGUGAACAUAUUACCGGCAGUUACUUAUCCUGAUAUUGUGAAUUACUUACUUUUCACUCCAAGUGCUUAUAGUGCCGAUGACCUCAAAGCUUAUAAGUCUCUUGAUGCCUAUAAUCAAUUUGUAUCUGGAUGGGUCAGGGAAAAGUCAGGGAUAGUUCAUGGGCAGUAUGUGGUUGUUACAGCAAAAGUUCUUCACUCCCAAAGAAUGAGGGAAAAGCCAUUGAGACCCUGGGUCAUUGUUGAGAAAGAUGGGAAGAUAGUUGCUGCACACUGUAACUGUAUGGCUGGUCUUGGAGAGGCUUGCACCCAUGUUGCUGCUCUCCUUUUUUCCAUAGAGGCCACUGUUAAAAUAAGAGACUCUAAAACAGUAACUCAGGAAAAGGCAUACUGGCUGUUACCAUCUGACUGUAAAACAAUUUCUUACAAGGAAGUUAAUGAGAUCAACUUUGUAUCUGCAAGAACUGCCAAAAAAAAGCUAGAUAAACAGUUAGACUCAGUGUCAUCACCAGCUAUUAGUGAGACACCCUCAGUUAGAAAAACCAAAAGUGUCCCAGAAGCUUCAUUUUCUGAUUUUAUGGCAUUUGCCGAGAAAUUAAGCAAACUUGAUUCAAAACCUGCAAUACUGUCGCUUAUUGAACCUUACUCCGACAAAUAUGUGCCAAAAUUUGAUGUUACUGACUUUCCUAGUGUACUAACAGAUUUGAAAAAUGACAAACUUAUUGGUGCUAGUUUGAAGGAAAUUUUGGAAGCAUGCUCUUCAAUUCAAGUACAUUGUAGCAAGCAACAAGCAGAAAACGUAGAACUCCAUACACAAAGCCAGUCAAAAUCAAAAAUGUGGUUCAAGUUUAGAGCAGGUAGAAUCACUGCAUCUAAAGCAAAAGCUAUAUGUACAAUGGACAAAGAAAACCCAUCGCAAAGCUUAAUUAAAUCAAUAUGCUACCCUGAAACAAACAUUUUCCAGUCUGCCGCCACAAAAUGGGGUCUUGAUCAGGAGAAAAGAGCAAGGGACGUGUUUGUAGCUGAAAUUGGUCCCAUGCAUGACAACAGUCGAAUUGAGGACAGCGGAUUCAUUAUAAGUACAGCUUAUCCUGCUGUGGGAGCAUCGCCUGAUGGGAUAUUUGUAUGCGACUGCUGUGGGUCAGCAGUUGUAGAGAUAAAGUGCCCCUAUAAUAUUCGAAAGGAGGAAAUUAAUGCUGACAACUGUAAAUACUUGACUGAAACUGAGGGAAAUCAACUUAAACUUAAAAAAGACCACCAGUAUUUCUACCAAAUUCAGACUCAGCUUGGUGUUACUAACAUGGAAAUGGCUUAUUUUGUAGUAUGGACAGAAAAGAGUUGUCAUAUUGAGACAAUAAUGUUUGAAGAAAGCAUCUGGAAUGAAAUUAUUAGUGAAUCAAAUAAAACCUUCAGAGUUGCUAUUCUUCCCGAACUUGUAGGGAAAUAUUUUACUACAGUGCCCGCAUCAGUUCUUAAAGUUAAGCCGGCUGUAGAAAACAUUGAUAAACAGUCAGUACCAAGUACAUGUAAUAGUGAUAUCCAUGACUCAUCUGAAAAACUUUAUUGUUUAUGUAGUCAAGUGGAGCAUGGAGAUAUGAUCGCAUGUGACAAUUCAGAGUGUACGAUAGAAUGGUUUCAUUACAGGUGUGUAAAUAUUGAGAAGCCGCCAAAAGGGAAAUGGUAUUGCCCUAAUUGCCGGAAAUUGCCUGAAUUUAAAAGGAGGAGAAUUGCCAAGUAAAUAUAGAAAAUUGAAAGGACAAGUGAACAAAUAACUUGAAUAAUAAUGAGUUCAUGGGACAUAUAACAGUUCUAAUAUAGCAAUCAGCUGUUCUAAACAAGUCUUAGAAAAAGUAUCGAUAAUUGUAAUGUUAAUUGAUUUAGAAUUUUUAGGACAUGUUAAUAUUGAAAGACAAUUGUUAUGCCAAUUUUUUACAUUGCAAUUUAAUCAUAUUGAUUCUAUCAUUCAUGUAUGCAUCUUUUAACUACAUGUUAAAUGAAUAAAUCUUAAUAAUUACA